CCUUUACCCUCUGACACCAUGGUCAGCUCCUGUUGUGGUUCCGUCUGCUCUGACCACGGCUGUGGCCUGGAGACCUGCUGCUGCCCCAGCUGCUGUCAGACCACCUGCUGCCGCCCCAGCUGCUGUGUGUCCAGCUGCUGCAGACCCCAGUGCUGCCAGUCUGUGUGCUGCCAGCCCACCUGCUGCCGUCCCAGCUGCUGUCAGACCACCUGCUGCAGGACCACCUGUUGCCGCCCUAGCUGCUGUGUAUCCAGCUGCUGCAGACCCCAGUGCUGCCAGACCACCUGCUGCCGCCCCAGCUGCAGUGUGUCCAGCUGCUGCAGACCCCAGUGCUGCCAGUCUGUGUGCUGCCAGCCCACUUGCUGCCAUCCCAGCUGCUGCAUCUCCAGCUGCUGUCGCCCCAGCUCCUGUGUGUCCAGGUGCUGCAGGCCCCAGUGCUGCCAGUCUGUGUGCUGCCAGCCCACCUGCUGCCGUCCCAGCUGCUGCCGCCCCUCUUGCUGUGAAUCCAGCUGCUGCCGCCCCUGCUGCUGCCGCCCCUGCUGCUGCCUGCGUCCAGUCUGUGGCCGAGUCUCCUGCCACACCACUUGCUAUCGCCCAACCUGUGUCAUUUCCACCUGCCCCCGUCCCUUGUGCUGUGCCUCCUCUUGCUGCUGAGCUCCUUUCCUGAACCUAUCUCCUCCCCUUCAGCUCACUCAUCACAGAAGCAGACCUGGUGCAUCUCAUAGACAACUCAGGAGAGGCCAUUCCCACCAACUGUGUGUCCAUAUCCUGGACAUAUAUCUAGGAUAUAUGUCCUGGCUAUACAUCUAGAAUAUAUGUUCCCCAUGUUGACCCAAGUGUGAAAUUAGAUGUUAUUUACAGAAAUAAAUUAAUCGAAUUUACCAAAUUUUGUACCUUAUAUUUGUAUUUAUGGAUACCAAGUUCUUCUGUCCCAAA